CUCUGCAGCCGCGCCUCCGAGCCGUCCUGCAGGCUCAGGUUCUGACUUCUUCGUUCUCUGUCCCCCAAACACGAUGAGGGGCCCUCUCUGCUGGCCGCUGGCUAUGUUGCUGCUCUUUCUCCAGCCCUGGGAAACACAGCUCCAGUCUAUAGGCCCCAGGUGCCGUACUGGGCCUCUGGAUCUGGUGCUCGUGAUUGACAGCUCCCGCAGCGUGCGCUCCUUCGAGUUCGAGACGAUGCGGCAGUUCCUAGUGCGCCUCGUCCGCAGCCUGGACGUGGGGCUCAACGCCACGCGCGUCGGCGUGAUCCAGUAUUCGAGUCAAGUGCAGAGCGUCUUCCCGCUCGGAGCCUUCUCGCGCCGUGAGGACAUGGAGCUCGCCAUCCGCGACCUGGUCCCGCUAGCGCAGGGCACCAUGACGGGACUGGCCAUCCAGUACGCCAUGAACGUGGCCUUCAGCGAGGCCGAGGGCGCGCGGCCGCUGGAGCAGCGCGUGCCGCGCAUCGCUGUCAUUGUGACCGACGGGCGGCCCCAAGACCGUGUGGCCGAGGUGGCUGCUCGAGCGCGCGCCCGCGGCAUUGAAAUUUACGCGGUAGGGGUGCAGCGAGCGGACGUGGGCUCCCUGCGCGCCAUGGCGUCGCCCCCACUGGACGAGCACGUCUUUCUCGUUGAAUCCUUUGACCGUAUCCAGGAGUUUGGCCUGCAGUUCCAGGGACGACUGUGCGGGAAGGACCCGUGUGCUGAGUGGGGACAUGGCUGCCAGCACCAGUGUGUCAAUGCCCCAGGAACAUUCUACUGUGCCUGCAACUCUGGCUACAAACUAGCAGCGGAUAAGAAGAGGUGUUUGGCCAUUGACCUGUGUGCUGAAGGGGCCCACGGCUGUGAGCACCACUGCAUCAAUUCCCCCGGCUCCUAUUUCUGUCGUUGUCAGCCUGGAUUUGUACUUCAGCAAGACCAGAGGAGCUGCAGGGUCAUUGACCACUGCAGCUUCGGAAAUCACAGCUGCCAGCAUGAAUGUGUUAGCACCCUUGCAGGGCCACAGUGCCUUUGCAGAGAGGGUCACGACCUGCUGCCUGAUGGGAAGAGCUGUCAGGUUAGGGACCUGUGCAAUGGUGUGGACCAUGGCUGUGAGUUCCAGUGUGUGAGCGAGGGCCUCUCCUACCGCUGCCUGUGUCCCGAGGGGCGGCAACUUCAUGCAGAUGGCAAGAGCUGCAACUGGUGCCGCGAAGGCCACGUGGACCUCGUUCUGCUCGUGGACGGCUCGAAGAGUGUGCGCCCGCAGAACUUCGAGCUGGUGAAGCGCUUUGUAAAUCAGAUCGUGGACUUCCUGGAUGUGUCCCCCGAGGGCACGCGCAUCGGGCUGGUACAGUUCUCCAGCCGCGUGCGCACAGAGUUCCCCCUGGGCCGCUACGGCUCUGCCGCGGAGGUGAAGCGGGCGGUCCUGGCGGUGGAGUACAUGGAGCGCGGAACCAUGACCGGGUUGGCGCUGCGCCACAUGGUGGAGCACAGCUUCUCCGAGGCGCAGGGCGCGCGGCCCCGCGCCCUCCAUGUGCCGCGAGUGGGCCUCGUCUUCACCGACGGCCGUUCCCAGGAUGACAUCUCCGUGUGGGCAGCGCGCGCCAAGGAGGAAGGUAUCGUCAUGUACGCGGUGGGUGUGGGCAAGGCGGUGGAGGAGGAGCUGCGCGAGAUCGCCUCGGAGCCGGCUGAGCUGCACGUGUCCUACUCCCCGGACUUCAGCACCAUGACACACCUGCUGGAGAACCUCAAAGGCAGCAUCUGUCCGGAGGAGGGGAUCGGCGCCGGGACAGAACUUCGGAGCCUUUGCGAGUGCGAAGGCCUCGUCGAGUUCCAGGACCGCACGCUGGGGGCGCUGGAGAGCCUGACGCAGACCCUGGCCCAGCUGACCGCUCGCCUGGAGGAUCUGGAGAACCAGCUGGCCAGCCAGAAGUGAGGGCCGCGGGUGGCCCGGGCCCGGUGGGGACCCCGCGCGGGCAGAGUCCACGCCUGGACUGUCGGGGGAAGGCGCUGGCGGGCUCCCAGCGCUGCGCUGAGCUGGCCUCGCCUGGACCGGGAGCCGGACUUCGGGAACGCGGCCGUGUCCGGGCGGGGGGGCUGCUGGACCCUCACGCCCUCGCCACGUGCUGCGCUGUUCUUUGUUGGAUUUCUUUGUUUUCUUUUUCUUAAAAAAACAGAACUGGUUUCCGUGGGGUCGUUUUGUGGGCCUUGCUGCCCUGCCAGGGGGAAGGGAGGCCAGACUGGGCGCGCUCCAUUGGCGCCCGGGUGGCGUCUCCUGUGAGAAAGGCUCAUUGUGCGGGGGUCGGGCUGGGGAGCUGGGGACCCGCGCUGCUUCCCCCUUCUUGUUUAUUCAGCCGAGAACAGAUGGCUUCUUAUGCAGGAUGUGUGUGUGUGCUGGGGGGCGGUGUUCCAAGGGGAAGCCUGGGGGUCUGAGCGAUGUUCCACCUCCCGCACCCCCCAACGCAGCGAACAUCUCACUGAGGCAGUGCCCCGGAAUCUGGCUCAAAAGCUGUGGGAGAGUUGGUGCAAAAGUGGGAGGCAGCGACUGAACCCCUAAGUGGAUGAAGCAGGGACAAAUAAAUCAGUUUUGUCCUGAUUUUAUCUCCCUCCUGCGACAGGUGGGAAGAGAAGGAGGUAUUAAGUAGGACCCCUGGCCCAGCCUGUGGCCGUCCGUCCCUCUGCCACACUCCCCUGCAACAAACAAAACACAUUUCUCUUUCAGUAAAAAACACCAACUGCUACCAUUCCUCAGGUGCAUGUGAGAGACUGCAAAGUUUAAAAUGCUUCCAGUUCUGGCGUGGUUUUAGGAAAAUUACUGUGGGUUUGUUCCCUCAUUGAUAAAGUGUAGAUUCAACUCGUUACCCUCAAGGGUAAUGAGCCGGAGGAAGUUCUUCUAAGGUAUGUGACGAAGUGUGUGGUACAUAUCAGGCCCUCAAUCAUUCUUAUUAAUUGCUGGCCAUUAAUUAUUUUCCAGUAACAGCUAACAUAUUUAGUUUGG